AUGAUUCCAACCGACAAACCCGUUUUCGUCUUCGUGCCUGGCGCAUGGCACACUGCCGACACUUUCGAUCAGGUCCGGCAGCUGAUGCUGAGCCGUGGGCUGGCUAGUGAAGCUAUUUCUUUGCCGUCUGUUGGUGGACCUCUUGAGAAGGGUCUCCACGCAGAUAUCGAAUAUACCAAAAUCAUUCUUCGCGAGAUGGCCGACGCCGGGCGCCAGAUUGUGGUGGUGAACCAUUCCUACGGUGGAAUGGUUGGUUCUGGAGCAGUUGAAGGCCUUGGAUUCAAACAACGAGCCGAGGCCGGUCUACCCGGUGGCGUUAUAAUGGUGGUGUGGAUGGCAGCAUUCGUCACACCGAAAGGACAAACUGUUCUGGAUCAAUUGGGUGGAAAUUGGCUUCCAUGGAUGAUAAUCAAGAACCCCGAUGAUGGAUAUUGCUGGUCUUCCAGUGCUGAGCAGAUCUUUUAUCACGACAUGUCACCGGAAGAACAACAGAAGGCGAUUGCCAAAUUACAGCCGCAGCCACAGAAGUCGUUCAAUGAGCCUGCUGUGCAUGAGCCAUGGCAUGAGAUGCCGAGUAUGUUCUUGUUCUGUGAUCAGGAUCAGGCUCUCCCUUUGGCUGUUCAGGAGAAUCUGGCGAAGAACUUGGUCGACCCUGUGACUUACCACGUUGAUGGAUCUCAUUCGGCGUUUUUGAGUGUCCCCGAGCAGGUCAUCGAUGGGUUGGAGCUUGCCCUGAAGGAGGGCCAACAACGAAGUGAGGUUCUUGUGAACUGA